AUGUCGUCUUUUGAUACCGAAAACAUGCUUGAUUUCCAAUUCCAUGACGAUCUAUUCCCCCAAUUACAUUCCCAACACCAGCAAACCUUGACCAAUUUCAGCCAUAACAAUAAUCAUCAUAGUGGAAGUAACAACAACAACAUGUAUAAUAGCGGAGCUCAGGGAUACACUAAUGGAAAUGGUUACUUUAAUCAACAUCAACCUGACCUGAGACCGAAUUCAAAUCAUCAUCUACCAAGACAAAGGUCUCGUCAUGGAAUCAGUUACUCCCGUUUGUUGUUGUCUGAUAUAUUGAACUAUGAUAUCCAAGCCGCUGUGGAGCAAGAUCACCAACAAACUAAAGCAAGAUACACUCAGCAAAUGCACAAAAAAUCGUCAUUUUAUCAGAGUAUGCUGCAUGAACAAGAUGAGUCGCAGCCAAUUUCAAAAGAAUACACCAGUAAGUACAAACGGAACGACUUUAUUGUUGAUUAUGAUGGUGACGAUCACGAGUUGAGUGAGUUGUACAAUACUCAACCUAUUGCAAAAGUGGGCGAAUCAGACCAAUCGUUUACCGCCAUCACUUCAUCUCCAGUACGUGAUGAUUUGUUAAAGAUAUUCCAAGACGUUGACCAAGAUAAAAACAACGAUAUUAAAACUCCUCACAAUGUUGAUGACGAGGAUGAUUUGUAUUAUGAUUACUACGACCAUGGGUUUGACGCUACUUCAUCUGAUACAAUAUCUCCCGAAUCUUGCAUGAAUGGGUAUAUGAAGUUUAUAAUUGACUCGUCUCAAGCACCAACAACAUUUGAUUUCAACGAACCUUUUGAAGCAUCAAAAUCCAACUCAACAUCAAGCAGGGUUGAUGACCUUGUUAGUGUGCCCAGUCCCAAACAAGAAUUGACGCAUGAUCAAGUGAUUCGUUUAUUUGAAGAAACUUGUAAAGAGAUUGAUGAAUGGAAGCUGAAUUCGGAAUUUGAUUCUUGCUACAAUAGAGUGAGAUUGCACCCUAUUAGAACCAUUAAUGGGUAUUCCAGCGGAUUCAACACCAUUACUAAUGGCAAGUAUGAAACAAAUUCAGGUGAAGGGCUCUCUCCAGUUGAUGAAACAUUAAAGGCCAGUCCGAAAACCUCAUUCCUUGAUAAUGGGAAUAAUCCAGUCGUUAAAUUUAAUCCUGCUGAAAGCGAUGGUCAGCCCCCACCAUUGAUUUUCCACAAUGAUUCCUUUGAUGACUAUGAAGAUCAAGAUGAAGAAGAUGAAGAUGACGAUGGUCAGGCCAAUAAGGACUCCGAUUAUACCCACAAGGCAUCACUACCUGCAUUUGUCAAAGGAGCUAAUAGUGCCACUACAAUCCUCAGCCCAACUAAACGAUCAUCAUCAGUCAGCUCAUUGAAAUCAGACCAAUCGCACUUGUCAUUCAAUCAAGCACAACUAAACAUCAGCUCAACAUCAAGUUCACCUUUGGAAAAGUCAAACAAUUCAUCAGGCACUUCAACUCCAGGCAGCAGACGUCGUGGCAAAAAUAGGAUCAAAUGUAUAAACAGCUCCAACAGUCAAAAAAGUCUUCAAAAGAACUUGUUCAAGAAUCCAUCGAGCGUGCCCAAGAUUGAUUUUAGUCAAAUUGCAGUUGAAUCCACUCCCGACGUUGAAUAUUCAAAGCUGUUGUCAUCUGUAUCAGCAAAGGUCCCCAGUCCAUUCCAUUGUUCUCAAUUGAUUGAAAAAUUAAUUGCUCCACUUUUCGAUACCCACACAUGCCUGAUUCAACGCACAUUGUACCUCCGCAACAACUUUGAUGUGAUUUUUGCCAAACAAGGACUCCAAGGUGAAUACGACCUCUCAUACAAUACCAAUUUCAAAAAAACAUCUUAUGAAGCCCAAUUCAUCUUGACGAGAGUCGACCCUAAAAAUGGCAAACCGGACAACACCACGCGUGCUGGACUCUGCCCAUAUUGCGAAUCAAUUGAAUUCUUUGGCUUGAAAAACUCAUCAUAUGGUAAUCAUUUGGCUUAUAAACAUGGCAUUCUCACCAAUGGGAAAUCAGUGCCCGAUCCCAAAUAUUAUGGACUCUACCAGUUCAAAAAGGGCGAAUACGACGAGCCCGAGAAAAAGAAGCGCAAGACCAAUGCCCACAUGUUGGAACGUGAGGGGGUAUUGUGCACCGAUUGUUGGCAGAUUUUAGAAGUCAAUUGCACGUCAAGGUCAUCUAUUUUGGGACAUUAUCUUCGUCAUUAUCGAGACUCGCACGUAGGAUACAAGAAGGACAACAAACUAGACAGUAAUGAUAUUAAUCAGAUGGAUGAUGAAGGAUUAGAUGAUGAUCCUGACGUAUUGGAGUUUAUUAGCCAAUGGCAGUAG